AUGUCCAUGAAGUGGAGGCAGACAGAUCCUAACAUGCCAGACAAUUAUGUGAACAUUGCAAGUGACUCAAGAGCAAAAGAGAAGAAGGAGAUUGUUGAUGCAUUGCUUGGCCAAGGGGACAAUGUGGGUCUCAUAGUCCUCCCUGUAGUAGGAAUGGGUGGGAUGGGCAAGAUCACAUUAGCGCAGCUUGUUUACCAUGACUCCGCCAUUCAGAAGCACUUCCAGGUUCCGAUCUGGGUGUGUGUGUCGGAAAACUUUGAUGUGGAUUCCUUGUUUGAAACAAUAGUGAAAGAGGCUGAAAAGAAUGGUUGUCAAAUGACUGGUGGUUCAACAAUGGAAAAGUUUAAAAGUACAGCCAACAAGUGGGAUAAGUUGAGGUCCUACCUUCAUCAUGGUGCCCCCGGUAGCUCAGUUUUGACAACAACUCGUGAUGAAAAUAUUGCGCGGUUCAUGGGGACAAUGGAAGCCCAUAAGUUCAAGCACUUGGAAGAAAGCUACAUAGAAAAAAUUAUCAAGAAUGAAGCAUUUAGUGUGCAAGCACAAAAGCCUGAUGAUCAGAUACUCAAUAUGGUUGGUGAUGUUGCGAAGAGAUGUUCCGGUUCUCCUUUAGCUGCUACAGCAUUGGGCUCUGUACUUCAUACUAAGAAUACCGUGCAAGAAUGGGAGGUGGAUUCAAUGGGGAAAGAAUGUGCUGCAAUAGAUACAAAACUGAGCCAAAGUGAGGAUUUUUCAUACUCCGCUCACCAUUUAUUUCUAUCAGUUGACAUUGAAGAAAACGUUUUGAAUGCUUCCAUAGAGAAAGGGUCUCCAGCUCUCCAGACACUAAUAUGUUAUAGAUCUAAAAUAGCAGAUGUGCAGAAAUUAUCAAAAUAUUUGAGGCCUGUCCGAGCCUUAAAGACACGGCAAGGUCCAUUUCUAAAGCCGAAAUAUCUUCAUCACCUAAGGUAUCUUGAUCUCUCAAGAAGGAAUAUUGUAGCACUUCCUGAAGACAUUACCAUCCUGUAUCAUCUGCAAACAUUGAACCUAUCUUAUUGUACACGUCUUGAACAACUUCCAAAGGCAAUGAAGUAUAUGACUGCCCUCCGUCACCUCCACACUCAUGGAUGUGAUAUGUUAAUGAGCAUGCCUCCAAACCUCGGACACCUCAGUUCCCUGCAGAAGCUUACAUGCUUUGUAUUAGGUACUGGCUCGGGUUGCAGUAACAUGGAAGCGCUGAAGAACUUGGACCUUGGUGGCCAGCUGGAGCUAAGGAAGCUUGAAAAUGCGACAUGA